GGGCCUCACCUUUCGCCUUCGGGAGCUGGGCAGAUCCUGUGCGGGUAAGAAAGCGCCCAGAGCCCCCGGCACCGCAGGCGGGCACGCAGGGCCCCUGCCCGCAGCAGGCCGCACACCCUCGGGAGCAAGCGGAGCCCUGCAGCCAGGGCAGGCAGGCACCAGCGUUCACGCCUGGGGCUUUGGCGUUCCUUGCAGUGCCAGCUUUCCGGUCUUGCUCCGGCAAGAAGAGACAGCAGAAGGCCCGGGCACCUGCGGAGACCCUCGUUGCUGCGGGCCUUGUGGAGGAGCGAGAGGAGAGCGGCACCGCCGCCUCCAGCCUCACCAGUGACCAGCACCCGGUCCAGGAGAGCCUCGACGCAGAGGUCCCCCCUGCUCAGGCACCUGGGGUGCCUUCUGGCGAAGAAGAUGGUGAGACGGAAGCUCCUGCAGCAGAAGAGCAGCCCACGGAGCCAAGCAGCGAUGAGGUUAUAGAUGCGGCCGUGAGAUACAUCUCCAAAUACGUGAAGGACCUGGCCGCCUACAUGGACCAAGCCAUCUCUCGGGGUAGGCAGCCGAGGGUGGAGGGUGAGGUCUUGGGCCCAGCGGGACCGGGCCAGGCAACAGGGGGCUCUCAGGGAGGAAAGCGGGGCUGGCACGAGCAGGGGUCAAAGUCUGCGCCCCUCCUCCUGUCCUGGAGGGGUCUGUCAGAGGGAACCCACUCAGCAGGGAAGUCCUUGAGGGCGUGGAGGCCUGUUUUCACCUUCUGCUUGUGUCUGCCAGAAAUGGAGCUUGCCAAAGGGCUGCAAUCAUUAGCCAGUGCCUUCAAGAAGACUAGCACUCACGAAGAGGUAAGCUGGCGGAGACGGGCAGCCCCAAAGCUCUCCCCACAACCCCCAGCGCCCUGCUUCCUGGGCUCCCGCGCCAGCUGCCUGACAGGGCCUGGGCGCUGCCACCUUCUGCACACCUCCCGCCUGCCUCCCAGCACUCUCCUUGCAGCCUGCCACUACCCGGUCCCAGCCAGGCCUGGGCUUUGCCGGUAGCGG